AUUAAGCAUAAUCGGCCAAAUCAUGAAUGACCGGUUCGUACAACGUGACGAUUUUGACUUGAAGGAGGCUUGGAAAUUGCUCAAAAGAAAGAAUGCUCCCGCGCGGGGCAUCGAACGCGCGCCAACAGAUGUUUGAUUGCGUCCGCCACCUCCAGGGCUCGAAGGGACCGCAGGACCCCCGGUGUCGCGCAGCGACAAGUGCAGCCGCGGCUGCCGGCCGCGUCGAGCCCGGACCGACGACAACGAAGGAGGAGGAGAAAGAGAAGAUGCACCUCGAAGAUUAUCACGGCGAGAGAAGCGAGGAGCAUGCACGACAUCCCAUAUCCGGCCUGGAUCAGGACGACUUCAUCGAUGACGGUUCGCUACCCGAUAUGGCGUCCUUGGUGUCCAUGACCGGUAUAAGGAUUGACGAUGCACAACCACAUUGCUGGAUGACCUCACAGACGGACAACGGUACCCUUUUCUCCCCGUUGGAUCCACAAGACUAUCUCGACUGGGACCAGGUGCCCGUUGUCUUUCAGUAUUCUAACAUUGGGGGUGGAUCACCUGGGAGUACCUGCAGCGAAGCAACUACGCCAACUUGGAAUGGCGCACUAACGACGACGGAUCAUGGCGAGGAUAAGUCAGACUGUCAAAAGUUACCGUCAAUGGGCUCGGCCUUUUCUUUUUCACGCACCUUCUGCAACGCGAUCUAUCCGGAAUACGGAACGGAAUCGCAUAGUGGUCAUCAAGAUUAUCAAGAGGAUUGUCAAGAGGACGUGGUAUCGUUGCUGAUGAGCAUGCAAAAUGAUAUCGCUCAAAGUUAUUGUUCUUCCUCCGCGCAGAUGUCUUCCGUCGGUGAUGAGUUCGACCUGAGUCUAAUUAGAGGCGAUCCGACGUCUUUGCUGAAUGCAGUGGACUCGCCGUCAUCGUCAUCGACAUCGUCAACGACCUGUUUGACGGGCGACGAUCAGCAAGAAUCAUUCCAGAACUUCGAUCCACCAUAUUACGCAGUUGGGCACCUCGUUUCUUCGCAGCAGCAGCUAUCCGCGCUGUCGACGAUCAAUUUUACUGACGACAUUGUCGGCGCAACAGACAGUUUCGGCAAUCAAGUAAUAUUGCCGCGGAACGAGGGUCUGCUGUUCGGCAAUCAGCGGGUCACCGGGUCAAAAGUCGCAGAAAACGAGAAGAGUGAUAAGUCGUACGAUUGCGCGAAACCAGUGGAGGAGAACUUGCUCGCGUCGGCUUAUCAAUGCCACUGGAUCGACUGCGGCUGUGCGUUUGCAGAACAGGAAGGAUUGGUACGGCACAUUGAGAGGCGGCACGUGGAAUCGUCCUCGACGAACACGCACGGUCACGGCAGACGGAUACAGCGGAUUGACCGAGAUAAGGAGCGCGAAGGCAAGGAGGCAGGGGAAGGUUUUUCAGGUGCCGUGACGAGUCGCGAGGAUGAAUUUGCCUGUCUGUGGCAAGGGUGUCCGCGUGCGCGACCUUUCAAUGCGAGAUACAAAUUGCUCAUUCACAUGCGGGUACACACGCAAGAGAAGCCGAAUAAAUGUCCGUUCGCCGGUUGUAAGAAGGCCUUUAGUCGUCUGGAAAAUUUAAAAAUUCAUCAGAGAUCGCAUACAGGCGAAAGGCCUUAUGCGUGCCAACACAAUGGCUGUUCGAAGGCAUUUAGCAACAGCAGUGAUCGGGCUAAGCAUCAGAGGACACAUUACGAUAGAAAACCAUAUGCUUGCCAGGUAAGCGGCUGCGGCAAGCGUUAUACAGAUCCGUCAAGUCUUAGGAAGCACUUGAAGAAUCAUACAGAGAAUUCGAAUACAUUGUCCAGUUUAUUAUCGGAUAAAAUAUCAACGACAGCUAGUACAACAGGACAUACAUUAAAUUCGACGAAUCCUUGCCGACAACGCCAAAAUGCAUGUAUCUUUGACGUGGAAACAAAUCAUCCGUCAUACAAGCUGUCUAAAAUCUAUAUUAAAGAUGAAGACACAAAUAAUAUUUGUCACCAGAAUAGAAUCUCCAUAAACUUUGGCAACAACCAACAAGAAUACGUGCCGAUCGAAUCGGUUCGACAUCUUCUUAUCAACGAUAUCAACAACGCGCAAAACGAAAGUACAGGAUACUGCGCAUCCGCAGAAGACAAUAUACCAGAUUUUCACGAGCUUGACGCCGACAUCGAACGGCAAUUCCACGAGUUGAGCGCUCUCGACGAUGCUAUUUUCAUCGAUGGAUGAUUUCUCUCAGCGGGAGAAUCCUUUUUCUUAUGAAGGCGAAACAGGAUAGAUGCUUCAGUGAAUGAGUGGUAAGAAUACAAAUUCGACUUGUCAAAAGAUCACUAUCGGCAAAUUCAAAUAAUAUCAUUUAAAUAUGAUCAUUUAAUACGAAAUUAUUUUCAUUUAAUACGAUUUUAUUUUUAUUCAAAGUUCAAUAUAUUAAUUAUAUUUUUGUUCAAUCAAGUCGAGUUGAAAUUGUCGCAUAUAUCAUUAUAAAUAUUAUUAUUUUAAAGAGCACCAUAUAUAAUUUACGACUUUAUUAAUUGGCAAUUAUUGAUGUCAUAUAUUCAUUAAAAAAAAUUGUUUUACAUGUUAGUAAUAGGAGAUGAAUCAUUCAUUCUCUCUGAUCAUUCACUGGCGUAUUCAUUUUAUCGUCACGAUCUCAUUAUCGGCGAAUUGUGCUGUCUUUCCAAAAAUUCGUUUAUUUCGUUUAUUCUUUUUUUACGAUCAUUUUUAUACGUAGUAGUCCGUUAUAUUUGACAAAUCGUAUAUAUUUUUGUACAUAGAUACUUAUAUGUAUAUUAUAAAUGAAUAAUACAUCAUCUAUUUCAACCGAGCAA